AGUUAAGAUUUUAGAAGCAUAUUUAUUUUUUUUAGACCGGGUGGAUUUUCUUUUUUCAGUUUUUAUUUUUUUUCUAAGCGUUUUCCAGAAAUAAAUUCACUCACCUCAAUAAUUGUACUUUUAAUUUGCAUUCAUAAUAUUACAAAAUUACCUGUAGUGUCUUUGUUGUUCAUUUUAUUUCCUACAAUGGCUGAAUCGAGCAAAGCUCGCUCAACACUUAUUGUUCGACCUCAGAACAUUGUUGAAAAUAGUGAAUUCAGACGCCAAAGAAGUCUCAAAUUAAAUACACUCGUAAGACAAAAAAGCAGUACCACUGAGCCAAGUCCCAACAAGACCUAUAUUGUCAUAAUAUUCUCCGAGAAAGCUAGAGUUGCAAAAUGUAUUGAUGUCGAGAAGAUUAUCCAGGAAUUUGGUAUUCUAACUACUCUCGAAAUAGUUAGCAAAACAGAAAAAUAUUUGUACCUUUCGGCUUCAACUGAUACACUUUUACGUUUAGCCGAUGGAGCCGAACUGUGCAAGAAAACCAUAACUGGCAGUAUGAGGAAAUUCAAUUAUUUCAGUGUAUCGGAUUAUCUGAUUGGGAACAUGACCAGGGACGAUAUUGUUGCUAAUAGUGAAGCACCAGUUCUGAUCAAGGAUGCUAUUAAACCUUCGCUGAUGCCUUACAUACGAAAAGGAAUUAUAGAACACUUUUUCCCUUUGCAUGAUAUCGAAUAUCUUGAUAAAUUUACAUUUAAAUUUACAAUGAAACAACCAAUCGAAGAUAUUCGUGAUUAUUACGGAACAAGUAUUGCACUUUACUUUGCAUUUAUUGAGUUUUAUACAAAAGCAUUGAUAUUCCCAAGUUUAUUUGGUCUAUGGCAAGUUGCUUGGCAUCUGAAUUUACCGGUUGUUUGUGGUUUUUAUGUUCUUUGGACAACUAUAUUUUUAGAACUAUGGAGUAGAAGAUGUUCGAUCUUAGCCUACCGUUGGGGUACUAUAGAUAUGACCAGUCUUGAUAUUCCUAGAACAGCAUACACAGGAGUGUUGAAACAGGAUCCCAUUACCGGAAAAAUGACAUUACAAUAUCCAAUGCGGUUAACGUAUAUGCAAAUGUAUUGCAUUUCUUAUCCAGUUGUAUUUUUUUGUAUUAUUGCGGCAGGAUAUUUUGCUCUCUAUCAAUUUCAAAUUGAAGCUGAAGUAUUACAGGAUUUCGGUCCAGAUUCAUUGCUACUCUACAUCCCAGUUAUAGUUCAAUCGGUAUUAAUCGCAAUUUUCUCAUGGGCUUAUGAAAAACUUGCAACAUUUUUAACAGAUCUAGAGAAUCAUCGUACACGUAGUCAAUAUGAUCGUCAUCGUGUGAAUAAGUUGAUGCUCUUCGAAAUUGUCAAUAAUUUCUUUUCAUUAUUUUACAUUGCAUUUAUUUUGCGGGAUUUGAACCAAUUGAAAUAUCAAUUAAUGAUGCAAUUGAUUAUAUUUCAGAUUGUUUGUACGGCUCAAGAAAUCGGAAUUCCCUUGUUGGCUGUAUUGAGGCAAAAAUUUACAAAAUACAUAGCCCAAGAAAUGGACGAUGAAAAGAAAGCUACAAUACUUGACGUAGCCCGUUAUGAACAGAGUUUCUAUGAAGCUGGAUUAGAUGAAUACCAAAGUACCUACGAAGACUAUUUGCAGAUGUGCACUCAGUUUGGGUACGUAGUGCUUUUUGCUGCCGUUGCGCCAUUUGCAGCAAUAGGUGCACUUAUUAAUAAUAUUUUCGCCUUGCAUAUUGAUAUAUUUAAACUUUGCAACAUUUUCAAACGGCCUUAUGCACGUCGUGCUAAAAAUAUAGGUGCUUGGCAAUCUGCUUUUGAAAUCCUCUCCGUCCUGGCAAUAUUUAGUAAUUGUGGAUUACUUUAUAUGCAACCUCAAGUUAGAGAUUUUGUUGCUAAACUUGUCCCAGAAAUUCCCGAUCUUGCAUUUGUUGUUUUUGAGCAUCUUCUUUUGGGUUUGAAAUUUCUCAUUCAUAAAGUUAUACAUAAACGACCUCGUUGGGUUCGCAUAGCGAUGUUGAAAUCAGACUAUGAAUCGAGUUUAGCGUAUAAGGAUUUAAGAAAAUUCCGAACCGCAUUCAAGAAUCACAAAAAGGAUUAAAAAGGAAACAAUAACAACAUCUAAUGAUGAAUCUCCCACUUUGUGCCAAAAAUAAUGAAUCUAAGCAACUAAACCGUUCAGUUUUAUUUUUGAUGGCAACGAAACCUUUUUAUUGCAACAAAACUAGUCUUUCCAAUUUAAAGUUAUUAUUAUUGUUUAUUUAAUUAAUUAAUUUAUUAUUAUUUGUUUUAUUUUGUACAUAGUACAUUAUUUUACGUGUUGUGUCUUUUGCUAACUAUGCAUAUUAUGAUGUGAUUGUUAUACUAACGUUUUUAUUGUAUUUAUAAAUGAAAUCAAAGUGCUUUUAUACACAGUGCCUGGAGUUUGAUAUUUAAAUAAACUAUUAUUUAAAAAGUU